UACAGGAAGUCCUAUAAAGGCCACACCUUAAAUGAAUCACUGUUUCAGGUGGUUAAAAGCAGAGAGUCGAGUAAAAAGGAUUUUCAGAAGACAUUGGUUAGAAACUCUUGCUGCAGCCGACAACCUACAAUGAACCAAACAGACAGCAAACGUGUUUUGGCAAUAUUUGUGGGGGCUCUUAGUACUCUAUGUGUCGAAACAUGCCCAGAAAACUUUUUCCAACUUCCAGAUUCACUGUGCUGCCCUAACUGCCCAGAAGGUAUGUUUGUUGCCAAGAACUGCUCCAAUACACCCGUAGACCACUCUGGUGUGAGAUGUAAUAAAUGCCGCAGAUGUGAAGACAUCGGACAGAUAACGGUUUCCAACUGCACGCUGUUCUCAGACACACAGUGUGACAUUGGCCCUUCUGUUCCUACACAUCAACCACAGUUUGACGAACAACUGUCACAGUUAACCUUGUAUGGGUGCUCAUCGGUAGUAGUUGCUGUCUUUAUCCUGGCUGUGAUCAUGGCAGUCUGUUGUAUCAGAAUCAAGAAAUCUGGUGAAUCUGAUGAAAGCUCUGAAGGAGAACCAUUCCAUGUAAAAGAUGCAGAGACAGUCUAAAGAAAAUCUUAACUCAGGGAAAGGCUGACAUCAAGUGAAUUAUCAUAAGGAUUCAAUGAAAUUAGAAAUACUGCAUGUACAAAAAUGUCUAUAGUUGGUCAUAAGGUGCAGAUUAGUACUUUUUUUUUUUUUUUUGAAAGUCUUUUUUUUUUUCGAGUCAGUAUAGAACACACCUCUAUCUGACAUCAUACUGUGAUUUGAGUUUACUCUAUAAAGCUGUAGUUUAUAAGAUGCUGUGAAUGUGUCGGAAUGAGCACCUCUGUUUAGAAAUGUAUCUAUGUUCAGAUAUAUCUGCUUUAUUUUCUCAUGAUGCUGUGUGUCAUUUUUAUUUUGUAUUACUUUUUUGUUUUUAAAAAAUUGGAUUUUAAAAUUUAUUAAGUAUCUUUUUGUAUGAGAUAUUUGUACAUUGACAGAAUUUUAUUUGUCUAAAUAAAUCUAUUACUGUUCAUCAGUGGAAAAAAUUAUAUGCAGGUAUUUUUAAAUAAAGUAUUUUUUAAAGAAGUGCAAUGUAAAAACAUGUAUGUAAACAUUAAGUGCAUUGUAUCAAAUGAUAAAUUUAAAUGUUAUUACAUAGUAGUUAAAGGCAUAUAAUAUAAAGCAGGACCAAAACAAUCUACUGAACAAACAUGUAUACCUAUGUUGCAAUCUGUUUGCAAAUUCAUAGUAAAAAGUUUCAGCUCAUGAAAAUGAAAAAUUAUUACUUUAUAGCGAUGUAACAAUGCAAUUGUGGACUUUGUUAUGAAUUAUGUAGACUGCCAAGGCAAAUAAAAAAAAAAAAAAUGUACUUUUGUUGACUAA